CCUUAUUCCUAUUCUCCAAAAUGACCCGUCGAGUGACAAGGUCUAUGGGAGGCUCAAUUGCCAGUGCGACAAUAGAUACGUCAACCCCGACAACUAGGCUUACUACUAGAAAACGUACUGCUCAACAACAGACACCAGUGGAUUCUUCAUCUUCUUCCUCAGAUGCUUCGGAUGAAAGUUUUGUGGCAUGCCCAGUUGAAGCAAAGCGACGUAAGAAGAAGCUGACUAAUUCUAGAAAAUCGACCUCCGAAUUGCCAGAAAAGAAGAAAACCGACAAAGUUAACCUGCAAAGGCCCGAUAUCAAAAAAGCGUUGUUCGAGCAUUUUGAGAAGAAUCCGAAGCCAGAGUCCGAGUCUUUGCAAAAGAUAUCUGCACAACUAGGUUUGACUCAACAGCAAGUGACAGGCUGGUUCAACCGGAGAAACGGGACUUAUCUAAUUAGUGGGCCGCACAACUCGGUGUCAAAGGCCGAUCGUAAACUCUCACACAUGACCAAAAAACUCGGUGAAAGAAUCAUGGAAAAGUUCGAGAGUGAUGAUCUACCGAGUGUUGAGCUCAAGGAGCAAUGGGCUCAGGAGUUACGGACCACAGUUCAGAAAGUGCACGUGUUGCUCUACAAAACUCGUGCCGAAGUGAUGAAGAGCUAUCUGAACGGAGAAAGAGCCGACUUGCCCAGGAAGAUGAAGGCGAUUCUGGAGGCGGAAUAUGACAAGUCGGACGGGGUUGAUGACGUCCAUAUUCGAGAGUGCAAGGAUCAAUGUGAGCUGAGCUAUUCCUUGAUUGAGGAAUACUUUCAAAUGCGGCGAAAAGCUGAACAGAAAGCUCAGGAAAAUUCAGUGGCUCAGGAAGUGGCUCAUCGGGAAGUUGCUCAGCAGGAAGUUGUUCAGCAGGAUCAGGAUGGACCAGGAAGUCAUCAAGAAGUGGCUCAGGAUCAAGAGAUUGCCGAGCAAAGUGCAGUAGUGGCAAAAACAAGUAUUGUGGUGCAAGAAGUAGCAGAACAAGGAUCUGAGCAAGAGCUGGACCAUCCGCUACUAGUGGAGAACCUUGAAACAAUUUGUCACCGGGACAACAUCCGACUUUUCACAGACUUCCACCAGAAAAGGAAGCACCCGUCACACGCUGACUUCCAAAAUUUGUCCCGCCAAACCGGAAGAUCUGUUGAGCUAAUUCGCCACUGGUUCUCCUUGAAAAAUGAGUCACAAGAGCCAGAAAAGACUACAUCAGUCUCUAGGAUCUCCCCGAUUCCUGUGGAAGAUGCCAAGCAACAAGUGAUGGAGCUUCUGAAGACUGAUAGUAAUCCGAGCGUGUAUCUCAAGAGACAGUGGGCCGAGCAAUUUAAUAUUUCAAUGUGCAUGAUCUCCAACUGGAAAGCCGAGCUUGAAAAUCCCGCAAUCGCCAGAGUGAUGGCUGAAAGGAAGCGCACUUCUAAUCUGGACUAUGCUUCUCGGAUAUUGGAGCAAAAGUUUGCCAAUAGAGCAAACUUGCUGCCCAGUGAUCUUGUAGAUCUAGAGAAGACUAUUGGUUGGACACUUGAUGAAAUUUCGGAAUGGUUCGAGACUAGGGAAAAACUACAGGAACGUCGUGAAUCGUCUGAAGCUGGCCGGGAUUUUUCAAGCCGAAGCAUAAAACAGGAGAUCAUUACUAUUGAAUAGUUAUGAUUUGAUAAUUAUGAUUUGAAAUUUUGACACCAAUUAUUUGAAUAAUUAAUUUCUACACGGAAAUGUGUGCGGUUGAAGCGCUAUGGGUAUUUUUCAAUUGUUAUUUAAUUAAUAAAAAUUUCUAAGAAUC